AUGGACAGGAUAGAACAAGAAACAUAUUGGGAACUUGGAGUUGAGGUGGCGUGGAUUCAUUUGGAGAGAAACAUGGUGCUCACCGUUGACGACACCAUGGCAGCGAGGAUUCCAAAAUAUAAUUUGACAUUUGAGCACGACAGGACACAAUGGAAUUUGCAUAUUAUCAAUGUGCAAGAGGAAGAUGGCGGGGGUUACAUGUGCCAAUUGAACACCAGUCCGCAGAUGGACCAGGUCUGCUACAUCCAGGUCGUAGUUCCCCCUGUGACCAAUGCAACAAUUGCACAAACGUCGAUUCCUUUGAACCACAAUGCUGUUCUACAAUGCGUGCAUGAAGGAAAUCCGAGUGGGAAGCAUUUCUGGACCUUCAAUCACACCUUCAUCUUUGACGGAACCCGGAUCCCGGGAAAUGAAAUGGGUUUUGAGCAGAGGGGACGGGGAAACAAUGACGGAUCUGGACAGCCAAGCGCCAGGAACACAAAGCGAGGGAAACAGGGAAAGGAAAAACUCACGUAA